GUUUAUCAUCAAUGCGCUUGCACUUUUUUUAAUGGCACUGAAGAAGUUUUGGAUGUUUGGGGGGUGAGGGGCUGGCCUUUUUUGUUCCGCCGGAGAAUCCAAUCCUGCUGCAACAGUGAGAGGGAUGAUAAAUCAUUGUGCCGCGGGUUAAUCAGCCGAAUCACAGCACGGAGGGGUUGACGCCGCUAGGAACAAGAAGUUUUCUUCCUCCAGGUCCACCGUUAACAGCAGCUCCAGGAUCAACGGGUAAACCAGCAUCUGCCAGCAGCUAUUACCGUUAGCCUCAACUCCUGUGCGGGUCUGGGUGGGGGAGUCGUAAGGGGCAGGGGGCGGGGGUACACCGAGUAGGCAGAAGACUACACGCCGAGAGGAGGGGGCUGGAAGACUGAGGCGCCUCCAGCCUGAAGGGGCCGGCGGCGGUUUGGCCACAGCACCCUGGACUAGCUAGCUUGUACCUUCGCGGCUAAGUGAAUGGGAUGGAGCCGGGAUCGUCUGGCGCUGUGCCCUUGGGGGUCUUCCCCCCACCCCUGCAGCAGGUGUUUCAUGCCCCCCGCCGGCCAGGGAUGGGCACCGUGGGCAAGCCCAUCAAGCUGCUGGCCAACUACUUCGAAGUGGAGAUCCCAAAGAUGGACGUCUACCACUACGAAGUGGACAUUAAGCCUGACAAGUGCCCACGGCGAGUCAACAGAGAGGUGGUGGAGUACAUGGUGCAACAUUUCAAGCCCCAGCUCUUUGGUGACAGGAAGCCAGUGUAUGAUGGCAAGAAGAAUAUUUACACUGUCCUAGCUCUUCCUAUUGGGAGUGAGAAGGUGGAUUUUGAGGUAACUAUUCCUGGCGAGGGUAAAGACCGAAUCUUCAAGGUGUCCAUCCGUUGGCUGGCCAAGGUGUCAUGGCGCCUGCUGCAGGAGACUCUCGUCAGCGGCCGGCUGCAAGUCCCCCUGGACUCGGUUCAAGCUCUGGAUGUGGCGAUGCGCCACUUGGCCUCUAUGAGGUACACUCCAGUGGGACGUUCCUUCUUCUCCCCACCUGAAGGAUACUACCACCCACUUGGUGGGGGGAGGGAGGUCUGGUUUGGCUUCCACCAGUCUGUGCGCCCCGCCAUGUGGAAGAUGAUGCUUAACAUUGACGUGUCUGCUACGGCCUUCUACAAAGCCCAGCCUGUAAUUGAGUUCAUGUGUGAGGUUCUGGACAUUCGCAACAUUGAUGAGCAGCCCAAGACUCUGACAGACUCACAGAGGGUUCGCUUCACAAAGGAAAUUAAAGGCCUGAAGGUUGAGGUGACGCACUGUGGACAAAUGAAGAGAAAGUAUCGUGUAUGCAAUGUCACCAGACGUCCUGCUAGCCAUCAAACGUUUCCCCUUCAGCUUGAAAGCGGCCAGACGGUAGAAUGUACAGUAGCCCAGUACUUCAAGCAGAAGUACAACUUGCAGCUAAAAUACCCCCACCUACCAUGUUUACAAGUCGGACAAGAGCAAAAGCACACCUACCUGCCCCUGGAGGUGUGUAACAUUGUAGCUGGUCAACGGUGCAUCAAAAAGCUGACAGAUAAUCAGACCUCCACCAUGAUUAAAGCCACAGCUCGCUCUGCACCUGACAGACAGGAGGAGAUCAGCAGGCUGAUGAAGAAUGCGAACUUCAACCUGGACCCAUACAUCCAGGAGUUUGGGAUCAAGGUGAAGGACGAUAUGGCUGAAGUGACAGGCAGGGUGCUGCCAGCUCCUAUUCUGCAGUAUGGAGGACGGAACCGUGCCAUUGCUACCCCCAACCAGGGAGUUUGGGACAUGAGGGGGAAGCAGUUUUAUAACGGCAUUGAGAUCAAAGUCUGGGCAAUCGCCUGCUUUGCCCCACAGAAACAGUGCAGAGAGGAGGUGCUCAAGAACUUCACAGACCAGCUGCGUAAAAUCUCUAAGGAUGCUGGAAUGCCAAUUCAGGGCCAGCCGUGCUUCUGUAAAUACGCCCAGGGAGCGGACAGCGUGGAGCCCAUGUUCAGACACCUGAAGAACACCUACUCUGGACUCCAGCUCAUCAUCGUCAUCCUCCCUGGAAAAACUCCCGUCUAUGCGGAGGUGAAACGUGUGGGAGACACCCUCCUCGGCAUGGCCACACAGUGUGUCCAGGUUAAAAACGUCGUAAAAACAUCACCCCAGACUCUCUCCAACCUCUGCCUAAAGAUCAAUGUGAAGCUGGGAGGAAUAAACAACAUCCUUGUCCCUCACCAACGGUCCGCUGUGUUUCAGCAGCCGGUUAUCUUCCUGGGAGCAGAUGUUACGCACCCUCCAGCUGGAGAUGGCAAGAAGCCCUCCAUUACUGCUGUGGUAGGCAGUAUGGAUGCCCAUCCCAGCAGAUACUGUGCCACGGUACGUGUCCAGAGACCCAGGCAGGAAAUCAUUGAAGAUCUAUCUUACAUGGUGCGGGAGCUGCUAAUACAGUUCUACAAGUCGACCCGUUUCAAGCCCACCAGGAUCAUUUUCUACAGAGAUGGGGUUCCUGAGGGACAGCUGCCACAGAUUCUCCACUACGAGCUCCUGGCUAUCAGAGAUGCAUGCAUAAAGUUGGAGAAAGACUAUCAGCCUGGUAUCACCUACAUUGUGGUCCAGAAACGCCACCACACACGCCUGUUCUGUGCUGACAAAUCUGAAAGGAUUGGGAAGAGUGGGAAUAUACCUGCAGGGACAACAGUGGACACCAGCAUCACUCAUCCCUUUGAAUUCGAUUUCUACCUGUGCAGCCACGCAGGCAUACAGGGCACCAGCCGGCCGUCUCAUUACUAUGUUUUAUGGGACGACAAUCGUUUCACGGCAGAUGAGUUGCAGAUUCUAACCUACCAGUUGUGCCACACUUACGUUCGUUGCACCCGCUCAGUCUCCAUCCCUGCGCCAGCCUACUAUGCUCGUCUUGUGGCCUUCCGUGCCCGAUACCAUCUGGUAGACAAAGAGCAUGAUAGUGGAGAGGGCAGCCAUGUAUCUGGUCAGAGUAAUGGCCGGGACCCCCAGGCGCUAGCUAAAGCUGUUCAGAUUCACCACGACACUCUGAGGACCAUGUACUUCGCCUGAGCUCCACCAGCCAUUGUCACAGUCGUUCCUUUCCACCUCAUUUCUACCUGAGCGGGCGGACAGCCCACUCCCACCUCAUCCCCAUCCCUUACUCCCAACAACUGCCCACUACACACACUCCACAGAUUUGCAAGCCAGUCUGCUUCAAUCCAAAAACACACAACACCCUCCUGUACAACAAGGCUGAGUCUGCAGCCUCAUGCACUCAAAAGGUUUUCAAUAUUAUUGUCAUUUUAUUGUUUUUUACUUUAUCAGGACAGUUGCUCUUUUUAUGUUGAAUUUUUAUAAAGUGAAUAUUAUUAUGUAAUUGUAUGCUACCUUAACACUCCUAUCAUUGUAAGUAUGCAAUAGUGAUGGGAGGAAAAACAGGCGCUAGAAAGGAAGAAGAAAAAACGUUAAACUUUUUUUUAUCUGCCGCCACAAUGCUGCCUCUUUAUCCAUCCGAAAGCUGGAUGCCAAGCCCCCUAGAUUGGGGAUCCUCCAGUUGGGCGGUACUGAGCACGCACACUUACCUGUAUCAUUUUUAAUUACUUCAUGACCUACAUUCAUGUUUUAAAUGUUUUUUAAAAUAAUGUUAACCCUUCUGUUUUUAAAGAGCCUUGAGGAGACUGAGGUAUGGUACAUUAGCACUUAAUGUUA